AUGCUGGAUCUCUCUGCCGCUUUUGACACCAUCGACCACAUAGCCCUUUUAAACCGCCUCGAACAACAGUUUGGAUUUUCUGAAAAACCACUACAGUGGGUAGCUUCCUACCUAUCUGACCGCUUCCAAACGGUGAGCAUUGACGGCAAGGUAUCAGAACCAGUGCUGCUGACCUUCAGUGUGAAGUUGAUACAGGGCACGGUGGUGCCCAACAGUCCCUUUACAGCGGAGAUUUCGGCCCAGAAGCUUCACAAGGCUAUGAAGGGCUUAGACACAGAUGAGAAGACAAUCAUUGACGUCAUGGCGUCCCAUACCAAUCAGCAGCGUCAGGAAAUCGCGCUCGCAUACGAAAAGCUGUAUGACAAGAACCUUCCAGCGGAGUUGAAGUCCGAGAUAAGCGGCAAUUUUGAGAACCUGGUUCUGGCCCUUCUGGAGACCCCUGCAAAUUACGACGCCAAGGAGAUCAAAUUUGCUAUAAAAGGCGCCGGCACGGAUGAGGGGACAUUGAUAGAAAUUCUGAGUUCAAGGUCAAACCAAAGGCCACCAAACAGGCUUACAAAACACAUCGACAUGGUACAGAUUAAGUCGGAGUUCCAGCGACUGUAUGGAAAAUCUCUGGCAAGCUUCAUCAAGGGCGACACGAGCGGAGACUUUUAGACGUUGCUGCUGGCUCUGAUUAAGGAGAAAUAGAAAAGUAUCGG